GGGUCAAUAAGCAAAUUGGCUAAAGAUCAAUAAUAAGCCAAAGAGCCAGCUGAAACCCAAAGGGCCAAAGGCAUCUCUGGUCGGGAAAAAGAAAAAAGAAAUGGCGAGCUGCUCUCUCCGUCGUAUGGGCAGCCAAUCACAUAGAUUGAUAACCAAUAGCCGGCGUGGAUUAUCAACAGAAUCUUCUUUAUCAGUUGAAUACAAAUCCGGUGAGAUCGGCACUGUUUCCGGUAUCCCCAAUGAACAUCUUCAACGCAGGGUUCUUAUAUAUUCGCCUGCUCGAACAGCGUCACAGCAAGGAGCUGGUAAAGUUGGAAAGUGGAAGAUCAAUUUCUUAUCCACACAAAAAUGGGAAAAUCCAUUGAUGGGGUGGACAUCCACAGGGGAUCCGUAUGCGAACGUUGGCGACGCUGCACUCGGCUUCACUAGUGAAGAAGAUGCAAAAGCAUUUGCCGAAAGACAUGGUUGGGACUAUACGGUUAAGAAGCACCACUCACCCCUUCUAAAGGCAAAGGCAUAUGCUGACAACUUCAAAUGGAAGGGAUUACCAAAAACACAAGAGAAUUGAUGAACGGAUCAAGUCUGAGCUUAUGUUUUGGUGCUGGAAUAGCCUUCUUUGAUUUCAAUAAAUCAGACAGUUUGGUGUACUUUUCCUAAUUUCUUUGCACUUUGUACGGCAAAUCAUGGUACAAAACAUUUAUACUUUUGAACGAAUUUUCUGUUCUUGUAACAUCAUUGGCAUAAAUCAAUUCACAUAGCACCUGAAUCAGUUUCCAUCCA